UUCUUACCCAUCCCUCGUCCCCCCCGCCCCCCCAGUUGCCAGUUACUGAACCGAUGAAGGGCCUGCAAUCUAUCCCCUGCCAUGGCCCCAUCGUAGGGUGACAGGCAUCUUUCUCGCAAGACACCCGAGUGCGUCUUUUCCCCGAGUUUGGGGCUGUUGCUUCUGGGGAGGUCUUUUUCAGGGAGCGGUGUUGAGGAUUUCUUCUAUCUGAAGCCAGGCUCCUGGGGAACCCUAUGCUCCCGGUGGGGGCGGGGGCGGGAUAGAGACCGCACGCUGAUGCAGGCAAGGGAACGAGCCCCUUGCAGCAAACCAGCUGUUGGGCGGGACGCCGGCCCAGCCCUCGCUGGCGCUGAGCCGGACCCCCGCCCAACUGGGCUCUCGCGCAGUUGAGGGUGCCCGCGGGGCCGAGACGAACACACAGGUCAGAGAGCGCGGCCGAGCCUCGGGAGGGAGGCGCGGCUGGUGGCUCCGGCUGCAGCCGCCCCGCGGGAACGGGAGAGCCCGCGCCCCGAGCUGUGGUUUAUACACUUCUCCCUUUUGCUACUUCUCAACUGCGGCCCCUGAGGGCGCAGCGACUCAGGGUCUACCCUCGCAGCUACACACCAAGCGAGGCAGAGGGGAGGGGUCGGCGUGGACUCUGAUGCUCAUCCCCGAGUCCGGAUCCUCGGUCUCCGAGUCUCCCCACUGUCUGCCGACAACACCCCACUCCUCGGCUCGCUGCCCUCCCCACUCCCUUCCGGCCCUCUGGCGCGCCCUCACUCCCUUUUUGUGGCCUAGGCUCCUUUCACCCUCUGCUUCAGCUUGUCGCAAUCGCUGUACAAAGGGCCAGGGGCGGGAGUGGGGGGCGGGCGAGGGGAGCCGGGCCCGAACUGGCUGCCUCUGCGGGGCCACGGCCAAUCCGGAGCGUCCACCCCCCACCUCCGCGCAGGAGAGCCUGGGGCAGCUGCCCGCCGCCGGGCGGAGCCGCGGGCAGAGCGGGGAGCUCGCCGAGGGGACGGCCCCGCUGCCUUCCACCCGCCGCCCGCUAUCCGCCAGGGGCUCUCCCGCCUUACCAUGCCGCCGUGGGGCGCCGCCCUCGCCCUGCUUCUGGCCGCGCUCGCCCUGCUCGGCCUGCUCGCCCCGCGGCUGCGGCGCGCCGUCGGAGCGAGGACUCUGCCCGGGCCUCGCGGCCGGGACCACGAGGAGGAGGUGGACGGCAGAGGCGCCGCGGACGAGUUCAGCGACGGGCGUGAGCCGCUGCCCGGAGGGUGCAGACUCAUCUGUAAGCCGUCGGCGCUGGCCCAGUGCCUGCUGAGCGCCUUACGACAUUCAGCAGCUCUGGAGCCGCGCCCGCGUUCCUGGCUCUCCGGGCCCCACCUGCAGACCCUCUGCCACUUUGUGCUGCCGGUGGGGCCGGGGCCUGAGCUGGCCCGAGAGUACCUGCAGUUGGCGGACGACGGGCUGGUGGCCCUAGACUGGGUCGUGGGACCUUGCCCCCGGGGUCGGCGGGUCACCAACGCCGGGGGCCUUCCCGCGGUGCUGCUGGUGAUCCCCAAUGCAUGGGGGCGCCUCACUCGCAAUGUGCUCGGCCUCUGCCUGCUCGCCCUGGAGCGCGGCUACUACCCGGUCAUCUUCCACCGCCGCGGCCACCACGGCUGCCCGCUGGUCAGUCCCCGGCUGCAGCCUUUCGGGGACCCGUCCGACCUCAAGGAGGCGGUCACUUACAUCCGCUUCCGACACCCGGCGGCCCCUCUGUUCGCGGUGAGCGAGGGCUCAGGCUCAGCGCUCCUGCUCUCCUACCUGGGCGAGUGCGGCUCCUCCAGCUAUGUGACCGGCGCCGCCUGCAUCUCGCCGGUGCUACGCUGCCGCGAGUGGUUUGAGGCCGGCCUGCCCUGGCCCUACGAGCGGGGCUUUCUGCUCCACCAGAAGAUCACCCUCAGCAGGUACGCCUCGGCCCUGCAGGACACAGUGGACACCCACAAACUGUUCAGGAGCCGCUCCCUGCGAGAGUUUGAGGAGACCCUCUUCUGCCACACCAAGAGUUUCCCCAUCAGCUGGGACACCUAUUGGGACCACAACGACCCCCUCCGGGAUGUGGACGAGGCCGCCGUGCCCGUGUUGUGUAUCUGUAGUGCUGAUGACCCCGUGUGUGGGCCCCCAGACCACUUUCUGCCCACCGAACUCUUUCACAGCAACCCCUACUUCUUCCUCCUGCUCAGUCACCACGGAGGCCACUGUGGCUUCCUGCGCCAGGAGCCCUUGCCAGCCUGGAGCCAUGAGGUCAUCUUGGAGUACUUCCGGGCCUUGACUGAAUUCUUCCGAACGGAAGAGAGGAUGAAGGGGCUGAGCAGGCGCCGAGCUUCAUUCCUAGGGGGCCGCCGUCGCUGGGGAACCCUGCAGAAGCGGGAGGUCUCUCCCUCUUCCCAUCUGGAGGAGAUCUUUAGCUGGAAGCGAUCGUACACAAGGUGAGACCUGGCCCAGGAACAUCCCUAGUCCUGCACAGAAGAGCAGGGCUGGGCACGCCAGAGUCCUGAAAAGGUAGUGAGGACUGAAGGCAGCAGGCGGUCCCAGCUCUUGGCCACUGAUUCAGCCCCUUCUCUCUUGAACUGGUCCGUGGGAAGAGAUGGGACUUCCAGCAAGCUGGUGCUCACUUUACCCGGAGAACACUCCCGCCCCAGGCUUUGCUCAACACAUCCUGGCUCUUCCUGGUCAGCAGCUGGGCUGUCACUGUCACUGUCUCCUGUCAUCAACCUCCUAAACCAAAGAAUAGCACCAUUUAAGCCAUGGAUUCAGGAGAAAAUACUCUCUCACUCAAAAGGACUACAGAGAAAAUGGGUUUAUGUAUGUCAUCGGGGAGCUGUGUCCCACAUAAAUAAUCGGCUCUGUGACCCUGAUUCUUGAUCUGGAGCCACUCACUGCAGUGAGGACAGGAUGUUUGUGUCUUAGUCCCACUUCCCUCAUUCGGUUCUGUGGUUGUGGCUCUCUGCUGACUUCAUGCUGUGGCAGCUGUGGAAGCUCCUAGAGUGGUGUGGCUGCGUCAGUCUUGCGUGAGUGUGAGAAAGGCAGCAGAGGCAGUGAAUGCUUGCUGAGGCUGGGGUGGUGAGGUUAAGUUAUGGAGUGAAUGUGUCUGUGCCUGGAAGACUGAGGUCCUGUCUUCCGGACUAGUUCUGCAAAUCUUGGUUGGGCAGAUCUGGGGCUUCAGGCGAGGACCUCAAGCCUAGAGAGAUCGAUGAUUCUAGGAAGAGGAAGUCCUCACACACAGUCUGCCAGACCAUGGUUCAAAGAGCCAGACCCUUAGGUACUCUAGCUGCUCCCUCCAAUACCGUUCCUGGAGGUUAUUCCGGAAAACCUUAGCCAGAGCUACUUUUCUUCUGCCACGUGGGCUUUCUCUAAGUGGCAAAAAGUAUAAAUCUUGUAUCUUUGGUAUUUUCUGGUUAGUUGCCCUCUUUUCUGACCCUACUACUAGUCUCUUCCUCUCCAGAGCCUGGAGAGACACCUGGGGCCAGGGAAAGCAAAAGUUCCAAGAGGUUGGCUGGUGCUGACCCAGUGAUUUAUGAAUAUUUCCCAUUACCAAGUUUUUCUGGUCAAUUUAUUCAAAAGGCCAUCCGUGUAGAUGUAGAAAAAACUUCCUCCCGGAUCUGGCCACUCAGUGACUGGUUUUAUGGUGUUUGGUUUCAUGAGGAAUAAUGCUGAAGAUCAGAGUAAACUAAGGCAUCAUACAGAUUGAUCCGCACAUCCUGGUUUGGAUUAGGCCAUUAAACAAUAGGGCAGGCAUCUAGUUCUAUGUGUUGCUAAGAGCUUUGCCCUGAAGUUUUAUUUUGUCAUCAAGAAAGAAGACACCUGCUUUGACCUGGAGCUCCGUCCUGGCCUCACAAACAGCAAAGCAAUUUUAAAGAGGAGAGAUGUUUAAGGCUUGAUAUGAGGAAUUCCUGGGGGGGCCGUAAUUUUCAGGUUUAGAUGAUCUUAGUCCAGCCUUCUUCUUCUAGAUCAAAUAGGAAGAAACUCUGAACUAUCCAAGAAUCUCACCCGAAAUGCAGACAACACUCAAUCGUAUCGAAAGUACAUUAUCCUGUCAUGAAAAAAUGUCUUCCCUUCUUUCUCAUUUCUUGCUCCUCCUCCUCCACAUUCCUCAUCUAACAUUCUUUCACCAUUUUUGAGCAGGAGAAAUAGCAAGGAGCUGAAAUCUAAAGGAGCCAUCCUACUGCUGGUUAUCAGCCUCGGCACAGGGCUUGCUGAGCAAGAAUAACUGACAUCUGGCCACCCCUCUCCCCCAGCAUCUGGUAUAGUGGGGAUUUCAAUUAGUCAGGGUCCUGCAGUCCCACAUGCAGGGCCUAGGAUCAUUCAGAACUGCCUGCAAAAUGGGAAGCAGCCCAGUGGUUUUUAAGCCUGCGGCUUCCAGAGCCCCCAAGGGCUGAACUCUGGAUUGUUUCUGAUAUCCGGUAUCUGGCCAUGGGACUCUGGUUCUUUAAGAUAAUAGCUUUUGGAGAAAUUGUAGUUUGUUUUCUUUUCCUUUAUUAUAAGAAAGUAAGUUUGUGGGGGUGGGGUGCAUGUACAUACAUAUAAAAAUUUCCUUUCAGUUGUAGCCCAGGCUUCGUUAAUUCCCUUCGACCCAGGGCCCUAAUACCUAAACCCUAAGGUAUUUCUCCUCCGUGUCCCUUGCGCCCCACGUGCUUAUAACCUAUCUCAGGAAGCUACUUCUUUCUCAUCUUCCCAUCACUGCUUUUUCAGCUCAUUUUGCCAAGAAUGUGCGGCCCCUAUCGGGGCAGGUUUGGGUGACCCUGUCCUUCAGUGUAACAAUGAAGGAAUCGCCCAUAUUGGCUCUGCUUUGGUUAAUAGCCAAUUACAUGAAACCAGCCAGAAGAACCCCAGAGAGAAUAUGUGAUCCUUGAACAAAAUACCAAGUUAUGAGGUUGAGGAAGGAAAAACCAAACAACAAAACCAAACUAGCCUCAGAGAGGGCACCAGAACAAAAACAAAAACAAAAACAAAAAAAACUGAGACAACCCAAGGAAGUACCUCUGAGUUGGGAGUUUUCCAGGUCUCAAGUCUUACAUGAUCCUCUCAGGCCCUCAUUCACUUGCUUGCCUUCCUUUUGGUCUCUUCAUUAUUUAUUAACACCUUCAAAUGGUAAGAGAAAACAAAGAAACAAAAAAUUCCCCAAAACCCCAUGGCUUAAAGGAGGCACGAUCUCAGAAGUAGACUGAGUCCUCUGUCUCCUCACAUUGGAUCAGAGUGCCAGGAAACAAACAGUUGCCUCGGAAGGUUGAGUUCUCAGUAGUGAGUUAUGAUCUCUGAUACCUAAGACUGUGCUAGCUAGAACUUGAUUCUCUUAAAGAGUUAGUAUUUUAUGUAUUUAUACGUAGGUGUCUAGGGGGGCUUGGCCAGAGACAGUACGAAAAACAAAGCACCAAAUCCUCACUUUGAGGAGAUAUCAUCUCUGUUUUGGGUGAAGGUAUCCUUUCUAAGAUUUGAGUACUGUUAGAAAAAGUCAUGACACAGGAAGUAUCAUUUUGGCUUUAUAUAUAACCUCAAAAUUACCCCAGAGUCAGGAUCUCCUCUGUACUUACUUUCCACCCAGACCACAAGAGCCUUUUUCAGUCAGCCACCCUUAGUAACGCCAAGGUAUCUUCCUUUAGAAAUGAACUUUAGCCUGCAUUCCUCUCCCUGCUUAAACAAGCAGACACAAUUGGCCACUUUGGUAAGACUUGGUAACAAUGCCAAUGAGUAUUUGUGAUUCUAUAGUCAAGCCACAAUGGAUGGCAUAAGAAACCUUCCCUAGUUAUCACAGUUUUCCAGACAAGAUUGACAAGUUAUAUGUAGGGAGUGCCUGGAGAUGGAAUGAAUGCCUCAGGAAGCAGCAAGUCCCACGAAACUGGUGGGACAUGCAAGCUGGUCUGCCAUUUGGCACACAUCAGAGAGGGGACAUGCUGAGAAAUAAGGGGGGGGCCUAAAUUAGUUUUCUUUUUUUUUUUUCUUCUUUUAAUGUUUAUUUAUUUUGAGAUAGAGACAACAAGCAGGGGAGGGGUAGAGAGAAACUGCCAAGCAGGCUCUGUGCUGACAGCAGAAUAUGUGAGAUCUCUAAAAAGUGAGAUCAUGACCUUAGUCGAAAUCAAGAGUCGGAUGCUUAAAUGACCGGGCCACCCAGGUGACCCACUUUUUUUUUUUUUAAAGUAAGCCCUACACCCAAUGUGGGACUUGAACUCACAGCCCCAAGAUCAAGAGUUGCCUGCUCUACCGACUUUGCCCCAAGCCAUCCAGGUGGCCCAAGGGUGGUCUAGAUUAGAUAUAAAGUCUCUUCUCAUCUGAGAGGUGGUGAAUUGAAAUAAUGCUAAUGAGCUCGGUAAGUUGCAAAGACUUUUGGUUGGUUGGAAUCAAGAUCACAGACCUGUUCCAGAUUCUGGAAACUGGAAAAAGACAUAAAGAUUUUAAUGAAAAUAACCUUGCCAAGGGACACCUGGCUGGCUCUGUUGGUGGAGCAUGUAACUCUUGCUCUCAGGGUUGUGAAUUUGAGCCCCAUGUUGGGUGUAAAGAUUACUUAUAAAUAAAAUCUUAAAAAAAUAAUAACCUUGCCAAAGUGACCGAGGAUGUUUUUCAGAUACCCAACAAUUAUACUCUAAAGUAUCCAGGAAGCACUAAGAGUUUGAAAGAAAAAUGGAAUUUCAUUAAAAGAAACACAAGACACUAACACGUCAAAAAUAAAUGUCUCUAACCCCUCUGUGUCCAGCCUUCCUGUGUAAUGACGUAAUACCCUAGUACUUAUCACCAUUGUGGCCGAACAAAAACUUCUAACUUGUUUGCGUCUGAAUAAUAAAUUGCAGUCUCCCUGCAA